UCGCGCGGGGCCUGCCGGAUGUUGUAGUUCCCUUGUCGGCCGCGCUCCAUAGCCAUAAACGGAGACGGCCAGACCCGAGAACUACCUAGGCGGCGAUACGGGUGGCGGCGAAGGGUCAGUCCGCGCCGGGCGUGAGGUUGGCGAAGAGGCAGUCGGAGGUGGUUGGUGUUGGGUGGGAGGAGAUCGGCUCGCACACACGCGGAGGGUUGAGCAGCCGCCGCCGCCGCCGUCGUCGUCGUGAGUGCCGAGUCGGGACUGGAACUGCGGCCGCGGCGACGCCGGGCAUUGUGUGGUUAGCUCCUGGUCGUGGUCCCUCGCCGUCUUUCCCGGCUUCAGCGCGACCUGCUCCUCCCCGGGCAGUCGCCCCCGCCUCCAUUUCCCGCCCUCUCUCCGCCACACACACGGCCCCCCCGAUCAUGGAUCCGGGCAGCGGCGGCGGCGGUGGCGGCGGCGGCGGGAGCAGCAGCGGUAGCAGCGACUCGGCGCCCGACUGCUGGGACCAGGCGGACAUGGAAGCCCCGGGGCCCGGGCCGUGCGGCGGCGGCUCCCUGGCGGCGGCGGCGGCCGAGGCCCAGCGUGACCACCUCAGCGCGGCCUUCAGCCGGCAACUCAACGUCAACGCCAAACCCUUCGUGCCCAACGUCCACGCCGCCGAGUUCGUCCCGUCCUUCCUGCGGGGCCCGGCGCAGCCGCCGCCAGCCCCGGCCAACAACCCCGGAGCCGGGGGCGUCGCGGGAGGCCCUUCGGCACCUGUGGAAUCCCCUCAAGAGGAACAGUCAUUGUGUGAAGGCUCAAAUUCAGCUAUUAGCAUGGAACUUUCAGAACCUGUUGUAGAAAAUGGAGAGACGGAGAUGUCCCCAGAAGAAUCAUGGGAACACAAAGAAGAGAUAAGUGAGACCGAGCCAGGGGGUGGCUCCCUGGGGGAUGGAAGGCCACCUGAGGACAGUGCCCAGGAAAUGAUGGAGGAGGAAGAGGAGCUCCCGAAGCCCAAAUCUGUGCUGGCACCUCCGGGUGCUCCUAAAAAGGAGCAUGUGAAUGUGGUGUUCAUUGGGCAUGUGGAUGCUGGGAAGUCAACCAUUGGAGGACAAAUAAUGUAUUUGACUGGAAUGGUUGAUAAAAGGACGCUCGAGAAAUAUGAAAGAGAAGCUAAAGAAAAAAACAGAGAAACUUGGUACUUGUCUUGGGCCCUAGAUACAAAUCAGGAAGAACGAGACAAAGGUAAAACAGUAGAAGUGGGUCGUGCCUACUUUGAAACGGAAAAGAAGCAUUUCACGAUUCUAGAUGCGCCUGGCCACAAGAGUUUUGUCCCUAAUAUGAUCGGUGGUGCCUCUCAAGCUGAUUUGGCUGUGCUGGUCAUCUCUGCCAGGAAAGGAGAGUUUGAAACUGGAUUUGAAAAAGGAGGACAGACAAGAGAACAUGCAAUGUUGGCCAAGACAGCAGGCGUAAAACACUUAAUUGUGCUUAUUAAUAAGAUGGAUGACCCCACAGUAAAUUGGAGCAACGAGAGAUACGAAGAAUGUAAAGAAAAACUAGUGCCAUUUUUGAAAAAAGUUGGCUUCAAUCCCAAGAAGGACAUUCACUUCAUGCCCUGUUCGGGGCUGACUGGAGCAAAUCUCAAAGAGCAGUCAGAUUUCUGUCCUUGGUACAUUGGAUUACCAUUUAUUCCAUAUCUGGAUAACUUGCCAAACUUCAAUAGAUCAGUUGAUGGACCAAUCAGACUGCCGAUUGUGGAUAAGUACAAGGAUAUGGGCACUGUGGUCCUGGGAAAGCUGGAAUCGGGAUCCAUUUGUAAAGGCCAGCAACUUGUGAUGAUGCCUAACAAGCACAAUGUGGAAGUUCUUGGAAUACUUUCUGAUGAUGUAGAAACUGAUUCUGUAGCCCCAGGAGAAAACCUCAAAAUCAGACUGAAAGGAAUUGAAGAGGAAGAGAUUCUUCCAGGUUUCAUCCUUUGUGAUGCUAAUAACCUUUGUCAUUCUGGACGAACAUUUGAUGCCCAGAUAGUGAUUAUAGAGCACAAAUCCAUCAUCUGCCCAGGUUAUAAUGCGGUGUUGCAUAUUCAUACCUGUAUUGAGGAAGUCGAGAUAACGGCCUUAAUCUGCUUGGUAGACAAAAAGUCAGGAGAAAAAAGUAAGACUCGACCGCGUUUUGUGAAACAAGAUCAAGUGUGCAUCGCUCGUUUACGGACAGCGGGAACCAUCUGCCUUGAGACCUUUAAGGACUUCCCUCAGAUGGGUCGUUUCACCUUAAGAGAUGAGGGUAAGACCAUUGCAAUUGGAAAAGUGCUGAAACUGGUUCCAGAAAAAGACUAAGCGUUUUUCGAUGACCCUGCACAAUACUGUGAGAAAAAUUGACUGCAAAAGCCUACUUCACACCGCCUUCUCUUGUUUUCUGCCCAUUGAUAAACCUCUCCCCAUAUUUUGCAGAGAGAAAAUUCACAGCAAAAGUCCACAUUAUGUCAGCUUUCUCAUAUUGAGAGCUCUGCUAUGCCACUGUUGAAUUUCCCCCCAAGGUCCCUCUACCCCCUAACUUAGCUUCCUUGGACAGAUUUGGCGAUAGCUUUGUAAGUGAUGUGGACAUAAUUGCCUAUAAUAAUGAAAACCAACAGGAAUUUUUUUAUUUCUCAUUUCCCCAUAGGUUUAUUCAGUCCUUUUUCCCAGGCAGAUCAUUCUGAGUGUGCGUGUGUGUGUGCACAUGUUACAAAAACAAGUACCAUGUUAAUAAAAUCUUCAAUUUGAAAACCCUUUUCGGUAUUGAAUUGCUUUCAAAUAAUGUUUUCUUAUCUGUAUGUAACAUUGUUGCAUUAGCUUUUUAACUUUCCCAAGUAACCGAAUACAUUUUAUUACUUGGACUUUUCCAAAUUCUCCCUACCCACUUUAAAUUAGGCAUUUACAAAAACAAUGUUCAAGUUUGUAUUAAAGCAAAGAAUUAGUUGGACCACAUCUUUUGCUAUCUAGUGCAUGUAUACAAUUAAAUAUCUUUAUGUGGCUAUAACACUGGUUUACUGGAUUUAUCAGUUAUUUCUUGCCAAUUCAUGUUUUAACAUGACUUCUUAAACAUAGUAAGUUGUUUAAAGAGAACAACAUACUGUACCUUUUAUAAGUAAAGUUUAAUAAAUUGUGCCCCUAUAGGAAAUUCCACUAACUCAUUAAAUUAGUGGAAUUUACAAUAAUACAAGCAUGUUGAGAACUGAUAGAAAUGCCUCGCUCAGUGUUUAUAAGAGCGGCAUGCAAGUGUUACGAAGCUGUAUCCUUGACAAGUGCCACGUCUAUAAGAUA